GUUAUAUUCUCUUUGGUUGCUUGAUUUCAAAGCAUUUGACAUUGACAGUUACGUUACAAUGUCACUGUGACAGAAAGCCCUUUUGUAAGGUGUUCUCUUGUCUUGUCUUUAUUGAUCUUUAUAAAGAAAGAAUUUUCUAUAUUACUUAACUCAAAUUUACCAUGGUGUUCCUAACAAUAGCAAACUGGGUACGUUCCCGAGGGCCUGAUGAGUUUUGGAGAAAAAGAAGGAUGUUCAGGCUCGCUGCACAUUACAUAGGACGUAGAAGAAACUGUUACUCUGUCACUGUACGCAAUGUUCAUAGAGCAUUAGUCUAUGCAACCAAAGCUAGGAAGUUGAAGAAACAGGACAUGAUUGAUCUAUGGAGCACUAGAAUUACAGCGGCUUGUGAACAACAUAACAUUACGCCUUGCACAUUGAAGCAAGGCUUGGACCGUGCUAACAUCAUGUUAGACCGUAAAUCCCUGUCAGAUCUCGCUUGUUGGGAACCCCGGACAUUUGAAUGUUUAGCUGCUGUAGCUAAGCAGAAGAUGGAGUAUGAUGGAGCUAUUGACUAUACUGAUAAGAAAUACCCCACAGGUGUGAAUCUAAAACUACAAGAUGUUAUGCUCGAGGCUUGGCUGAAGGAAAAGAAACAAUAAUUUAAUUCAACAUUUUAUUACCUAAUAUCUAGUAAUUUUAGUUCAACAUUAGUUCUGUAAAUAAAUAUUACUUAAUACAAA